GAUGCCAUGUCAUUCUAUAUAUGGUUUAACACAUUCCGUGGAUAGUAAGGAACAUGGGAUGCCAUGUCAUUCUAUAUAUGGUUUAACACAUUCAGUGGAUAGUAAGGAACAUGGGAUGCCAUGUCAUUCUAUAUAUGUUUUGUUGCAUCUUCCUCUGCGCCUCUAACAGGACAGGGUUAAUGUUUUAUGCUUCCACAGAGACACUUCAUUCUCUCAGACUGAAAGGUUGUUUUUUCCCUCCAACCCCAGAGCUGCAGGGCUGCCUUUGAACUCGACUCACUCCUGUGGUGUUUCCAGCGGGACAAAAGAGGUAGGGCCGUGCGUAACUGUAACCAUGGAGCAAUGGAACUUUUUUUUUUUGGGGGGGGGGGGUCAUUCUUCUCCUUGCUGUAAGUCCAUCUUAUUCACUUUAAACAUAAAUCUCCUUCGGGGGUUUAUUUAGGCCUAAUGAAAUUGUAUGGCUGAGGUGCAUCAGUUAAAUCAGAUGCUAGCUUUGAUCUGACAGCAUAUGGUUAGCUUGCAAAAUCUAUUAUUAAACGCUUGUGUGUGUGUUGUGUGAGUGAAAAUAUAUACUUUCCACACAACUGAAUGUAUUUUUUCCCUCCAUCACUAUUCAGCAUUCAAGCAACAUAAAGGAAGUGACUGGUUUCACUUUCAGGAUUUCACCUAACAUUUGUAAUUUUCCCGUUAAGACUUUCCAGAGUAAUAAAACAUGGGCGGAGCAAGCAUCGAUUAGUCAUGAGACGCUUGCCUGUAAUUGGUGGAAUGGCUGGGCUCGGGAUGAGCUGCAGUGGCCAAUUAGAGUGCGUUUGGUGAACACCCGGGGUUCUGUAAAAAGGGGAGGUAAGAAGUGCCCUUUGAAGACCCCGGGAUAAGCAUUUUCACGUUGUAGUGAACAGUCAUACUUACAAACAGCAUUCUGAACAUUUACCACAAGACCUUUAUUCAUUCCCGGGUAAAUGACCUGCCACAUUCCUGUUGAGACUCCUGCAAAACUAUUCAUUCACAGCUUGGGGAAGUUUGGGGUGCUUAGGAAUGAUCUGUUUUGCGGCAAGAUAUUGAGUCCUCAUUUGAGAAAGAAACAUAUUUUUAUUUAGAGCUUUUGGACACUUUCUUCAACCGCUUUCUACGCACGCCUACAGUUCACAUAUUUACUUUGCGCGUCGUUCCAUUCAUCGAGCCCAGGCUCGUGCUGUGAUGCUGUUGGAGGGAGGUCACCAGCAAUCAGGCUCAGGGGUCAGUGCGAGCGCGUUCCAAAGGCACCACUCAGCGCAUUCACCAGUCGAGAUGCAGGAGAGAGACCCCAGCUUUAUGGAGUCGGUCCACAUCGCCAGCCAGGGACCCGGGUAUGGCCCAUCCUACGCCAACUCCACACGGGACUUUAUCCUGCGUAACCGGGGAUUCGGAGACUCUUCCCCUGCCAGCGAUCAGCACUCUCUCCUCAGGACUAUGGCUGGGUCUCUCCAUCACUCACACGUAGAGGGCCAGGGCCAUGGGCAUGGACACCUCCUCUUUCCCGGGAUGCACGACCAGCACCACGGCUCUGCUAACGUGCUGGGCGGCCGGUUGGGACUACCAGGGGAGGUAUUCGGGAGAGCGGACCAGUAUCACCAUGUUUCCGGUCCAAGGAACGAUCCUUACGGCCAAUAUGGGGCCAUGGGUCACAACAUGGGCAUGGCAGCUCACCACCAUCAUCACCCAGCCGCGUUCUUCCGCUUCAUGCGGCAGCAGUGCAUCAAACAAGAGUUGAUCUGCAAGUGGAUAGACCCGGACCAGCCCGGUGGGGCGAGCCGGUGCUGUGGCAAGACCUACGGCACCAUGCACGAGCUGGUUACGCACGUCUCCGUGGAGCACGUCGGUGGGCCCGAGCAGAGUAGCCACACCUGCUUCUGGGAAGAGUGCCCACGCGAGAACAAAUCGUUCAAGGCCAAAUACAAGCUGGUGAAUCAUAUUCGGGUGCACACUGGAGAGAAGCCUUUCGCGUGUCCGUUCCCCGCGUGCAGCAAGGUCUUUGCGCGCUCUGAGAACUUGAAGAUACACAAGAGAACUCACACAGGGGAGAAACCGUUCAUGUGUGAUUUCUUCGGCUGCGACAGACGCUUCGCCAACAGCAGUGACCGCAAGAAACACCUGCACGUUCACACGUCUGACAAGCCCUAUCUGUGCAAGAAGUGUGUCAAGUCCUACACACACCCCAGCUCUCUGAGAAAACAUAUGAAGGUGCAUGAUUCUUUGUCAGUAGCAGACACUUCGCCCGGAGCCAGCAGCGGAUAUGAGUCCUCGACGCCCCCGAGUUUAGUGUCCCCUGCCUCGGAGACCCAGAGCAUCAUGUCCCCGGACUCUGCGGUCCUCGGUAGCGGACACAGCAACCUCUCGUCCAACUUCAGUGAGUGGUAUGUCUGAGGACCACACACAAGACUAACGGGAAAACGACGGCAAAAAAAUUAAGGAAAAACAGGCAACAAAUACAAUGAGCAUCUGACUGGCCUAAAUGGACGCUUUACGCGCGAUUGAAAUAUGAAUCAAGAACGUUGCACUAAAACAUUGGAAGCCAAAGAAGAAAAUGUCUUUAUGUAAAAAACAAACGUUAUUUUUCUUUCGAUGGUUGUUUAAUUAUCAGUCUUUCGUUGUCAUUUUGAGAUCGGUUAUUUUUAUAGUUGAUGGGGAGUUUGAGACUGAAAAGUAUUUUAAAUAAGUGCCAAAGUUAACCUUAGUUUAAUUGUGCACAUUUAAAAAAAAAUGGAAACAAGUUUUUUGUUGAAGUUGAACAGGUUGAAUAUGCGUUGUCCUCCAUGAACGACCUCUUGAGAUGCCCAGUUGAGACAUAAUUUAUAUAAAAAGAAAGUUGCUGUGUUGUUUUUCUGUAAGUCUAUUAUGUUGACAAACGUGUUAGUAAAAAUGAAUCUGAUGUUUAAAAUGCCUGUCUUAAUUCCUUUUUAAAUUCGUGUCUCUCUGUAAAUGUUUUGCAUUAAAAGAACGUUCCGUUUGAAACACUCCCUGCACCAAGAAGUGUGAUAUGGAAUGUAUACACGUCUAAAUGGUAAUAUGAACCCUACUGAUGUGUAAGACAAUAAGUUACAUUUAUGCAUAAAUUAUCAUGCGUCUAUUGUUCAGAAUCAUCAAUUCACAUGAUUGAUUAUUUAUGUGGAGAAGGGAUUACUUCAUCCUUCAUAUGGCUGGACAACUUGGAUUGAUCGCCACCAAACUAUUGUUUAUGAGAAAUACAACUUGGAUUGAUCGCCACCAAACUAUUGUUUAUGAGAAAUACAACUUGGAUUGAUCGCCACCAAACUAUUGUUUAUGAGAAAUACAACUUGGAUUGAUCGCCACCAAACUAUUGUUUAUGAGAAAUACAACUUGGAUUGAUCGCCACCAAACUAUUGUUUAUGAGAAAUACAACUUGGAUUGAUCGCCACCAAACUAUUGUUUAUGAGAAAUACAACUUGGAUUGAUCGCCACCAAACUAUUGUUUAUGAGAAAUACAACUUGGAUUGAUCGCCACCAAACUAUUGUUUAUGAGAAAUACAACUUGGAUUGAUCGCCACCAAACUAUUGUUUAUGAGAAAUACAACUUGGAUUGAUCGCCACCAAACUAUUGUUUAUGAGAAAUACAACUUGGAUUGAUCGCCACCAAACUAUUGUUUAUGAGAAAUACAAC